AUGUGGUGUGCGGUGGGUGCGUGUCCGCGCAGCCGGCACUGUGUGCGGUGCAGGGCCAUUGCGGCUGUGCGUGUGGCGCUGCUUGUGGCGUUGGUGCUGGUUGCGGCGGCGGCGGCGUGGAUGCCCGCGGUGCAUGCGGUGGCGUUGCGACUGCGGGGCGGCACGGUGGACAGAGCCAUCACGGUUGGCCACGCCGUGGACACGGUGCUGAUGGACGGCGUGUUCAUCACGAACGGCGUGGCUGUUGUGUUCGACGUUGCGGCGAUGCUUCCCGGCACACUGCGCAUUGAAUUGAGGAACUGCGUGUGCGACGGCGGUGCGCAGAUCUACGUGCGGGGCUACAGCGGCGAGCCGGCGAGUGACCGGAGCCUGGAGGUGAGCGUGAGCGGGCUGUCCGGGAGCUACUGCUCGCUUGUGUUUGCGCACAACCUGCCGGCCCACACGAACGUGACGGUCCGUGACUCGACGAUUGUUACGUCGGGGCCGAUGCGCUACUCCCAGCUGAGCGGGCUGACGGACGCGGUGGCAUCGCCGCUUGUGCUGCACGCGACGUCGCUGUUGCAGUCGCAGCUGCGUGUGAGCAACACUGUGCUGAGGUCGUUGCAGGUGGGCGGGUCUGCGGUGUACGUUGGCGGCGGUGUGGACCUGCUGUCGAGCGCGGUGGUGCUUGACGGCGUGUUGCUGGAGGCGUCGGGCGGUCCGACCGCGUCCGCGAUGCAUGUGGCGUCCUCGUCGCCUUUCAGUCUGCGGAGCCACUCGGUGUUCUCCGUGACGAACGUGUCGGUUGUGAGCAGCGGCGGCGGCUUUGUGCUUGGCGAGCGCCUCGCGGUGAUUGAUUCGGUUCUGCGCUUCGUUGGCGUUGAGGGGUCUGUUGCGUCGUCGCUGGUGCGCUGCGACGGUGGGACGGUCGGUUUCGGUGGGUGGCUGGAGCUGCACGACGUGUGGGCGGUGGGCGAGGCGUCGUCUGUGGCGUCGCUGUCGGGGGUGACGCUGAGCGACGGCGCCGUGUCGAUUGCGCGCUGUGCUGCCACCGGCGUGACGCUUGUCUCCGGGCUGGCGAUCACGAGCGGCGUCGUGUCGGUGCAGUGCAACCGUGCCGGCGGCCGGGUGCUGCAGAGCAGCGGCGACUACCGCAUGGCCGGCCUGCCCUCCGUGAGCGUGGUGCCGUGCGACGGCUGUGCGGCUGCGUUGGCGUGCUUCGAUGGACUGACGGCGUCUUUCUCCGACUGCGUGUGCGGCUGCCGUGCCGGCGGCGUGGGCGAGGCGUGCCUGCCGUUCGACGUGCCGCCUGCGAGGGCUGGCGGUGGUGGUGGCGGUGCGCAGGGCUGCGUGAGUGGCGUGACGCUGACGGAGUCGGUGACGGUUGGCGGCGGGCGUGCGACGGCGUGCUUCGACUCGGUGGUGUUCGGCGGGCCGAUCAUUGUGGCGGUGGACCUGCGCUCGAUGGACGUGUUCGCUGACGCGCUUAACGUGACGCUGCGCCACUGCGUGCUUGCGGGCGGCGCGCAGCUGCGGAUUGGCGGCCUCAGCGAGAGCACGGCGCGCUUGAUGCCCCACUUCCUCGUCAAAAUGACGAAUGUGACGUCGCUGGAGGGCACGAUCGUGCUGCAUGGCGCGAUGCCGCUGCACUCGAGUGUGCUGCUGGCGAACUCAACGCUGCGCGCGACGGUUGGCGGGUCGCAGUACGUGCCGACGACCCGUGGACACGAGGGAUUUCGGUACGGCCCCGCGCUUGUUUUGGACGGCGUCCUGCUUCUGUCGACGCGGUUUGUCAUGACGCGGUCGACGCUGUUGUGUGGCGGGGAGUCGUGCGCUGCGAUCCUCUUGGAGCGCGGCUUCGGCGUGAACGUGUCCAGCGUCUUCUACAUGGACAACUGCGCUGUCGUGUCGCGGACGCACGUGAUGUAUGCUUUUGCGUCGGACCUGCGUGUCAGCGGCGGCUCCGUGUUCUCCAUACAGAACAGCUCGUGGAGUGCGCCGAGCAUUAAAAGCUACGAAGGCGCGUGUGUGUUUGGGGAUGUUGUUUUGGAUGGCGGUAGCGUGCUGCAGGUUGUGUCCAGUAAUUUCCGUCUCGGCUUCGCCAUGCUCAUUGCAGAAACGCUGAUCGUAACUGGUGGCAGCUGGCUGGUGCACCGCAACAACGAGUUCCGCACCGCCUACGUUGUGUACGUGGCCAAGGAGAACGGCGUGGCGUUCCGCGAUCGGAGUGUGUGGUCGAUACUUGACAACAACUUCACGUAUGGCUUGUACUCGUCGACUCAUGCACAAAUGACAAGCAACUGGUUACCGCCAUCCGACACGCGCCCGAUCAUCUACGGCAUGUGCAACGAGGUAAUGGGCUCUCCUGUGACGGAUUACCGAGAAGGUCUCAAUAUUGGGACGCCUGUGACGGUGUUGGACUGUGGUGCGUGCACCGUGGAGGCUGUGUGCUUCGCUGCGAGGACGAGCAGCGUCAGCGGCUGUGAGUGCGUGUGUGCUGCUGGCGGCCACGGUGACACUUGUCUGCCAGCUGCUGUUCCGGACGGCCUUGGGCCGCUCCCGCUCCCUGACGCGGAGGACACGGAGGUCCGCUGCGUGCACGGUGGCAGCAUCAGCUCCGUGGACGGUCCUGAUCCCGGUGUGCGUGGUCUUUGCUUCGUCAAUGUGACCUUCACUGCCGCGAUCGUGCUGGACCUGUGGAGCUUUGACGCGUCAGAGCAGACACUCAACAUCACGCUGCUGCAGUGCGUCCUCAUGGGCCUGUCGAUCAGGGGGAGUGGUGCACGCGUGCACGUGAGUGUGGUCUCCUCGAUGAUGGAUGCCGGUGAUUUGGAGUUUAGAGGUGAUUUUGGCAGGAGCUCCCGGAUACUGGUGGCGGGUAGUACAUUUGUGAUGACGUCGCGCCGCGCCAUUCAAUGCCUGCUGUUUUCUCUCGGUGCGAACUCGACGCUACUGUUACUUGACAACCUCAUUGAAGGGGAAAUUUACGCAGUCUAUUUCUCCUUUGUUGUUGUUGAUGAUGGCGGGAUCAUUAUAAAGGGAAACACGCUGAGGGGAGCGGAGGAGGACGUUCAUUUGCAAUCUGCUUUUUUGUUUGAAUUUGCUGUUGUGAAGAAUGGUGGCUACUUUGACGUGGAGAACAACACGAUGAGCGCAGCCAGUGGCAUUUAUUUUUAUGGGGAUACCACCGUGAGCUCCGCGGGGCUGCUGCGAGUGGCGGACUGCAUCCUUAUUGGUCUCGCACCGUUUUUUGAUCCCGCGCUGGUGCAUUGGGACGGCUCUUUGACACUCCAGGGUGGUGCGCAGUGGCGUGUGGAGGGCAACAGCGUGAGCGCAGCCUCAGUAAUAGAUAUGCCUAAUUCCUUGUACAAAAUUAAGCUGUCGGACAGCGGCA